UAUAUUUGUAAUUUCAGUUCUUAUUUCCUCUAAUAGAUGUGUUGCAGCUGUUGUCCUUUGCUGAUGAUUCACCAAAAAUAAUGUCGGUUCCGACCUUCUUAAACCCUCUAUGGAUUUCUAUUUGUUUACUACCAGCGUCUUCCACAGUUUCAAGCCAGUAUGCACCAUUGUAUUUUUACCUUGUGGGAGGACUUUGCUGAGAUUGAUGGAAGCCACCUAGCUGCACAAAUUGAAGAACAUCCAGUAAUCCUAGCAAAACGAAUUGCACGAUCUUCAUAUGCUGGAACAUCCUUGAAUACAAGAUACAAUUCUGUAAUAUUGAUAAAUCCCCCUUAUCCACAGGCGACAGAAUUGAUGAACUGGGCAAAGGAGUAUGACAAAACGUUGAGCACAUAUACGCAAAGAAGUUCUCCAGAAACAACUUCAUCGCCAGUUCUUACAUCACUAAAUGAUGAGGCUAUACCUAUAGGAAAUAUCCAAGCACAGCCAACGAUGCAAUCUUUUCACGUUGAAGGUAAAAUAUCAUUACUGGAUGAUGAGCAGCUGUUUUAUGAGUUGAUGUGUUCAAAAUGCAAGCACUUUGUUAGGACCAAAAUAAUGAAAGCUAUUGACUGUAUAAACUGUGAUCAACAAACAAUGUUAACACCUAGGUGUUGCUUUCAAGUCCAAAUUGCAGAUGGAAGUGGAUCGACAAUUGCAACAUUAGUAGGUGAACCUGGAGAGAAUCUUCUAUCAAUGAAAGCUGAACAAAUCUAUGAAACAAUUAACGUGAAGAACGAAUCGCUCCCCCUUCCAGAUAUUCAACAACAUCUUGCUGACAAAGUGUUUAAAGUACAACUGAAGAAAUCUUUUUCUAGGAAUUCUAAUGAAACACCAGCAAAACUGUUCAUUUUGUCAUUUGCUGAGAAGCAGGAUACUCUCCAAUUACCAGGAAUAUCAACUUCUACAAAUACUGGAGAAAGCAGUAAGAGAGAACUCGACAAGGUAGCAUCAAAAGAAGAACAAAAAAAGAUAAUCAUUGGAAGUACCUCAUCUAGCAAAAGAAAACAGACUGAGCAAACAACUCCAAUCAAAAAAACUGCAUCUUCUACCAAAAAGGAGGGUAUCGAACCAAUCACUCCAACUAAGAAGAAGUAAAGGUCAGUAAACAAAAGUUGAGUUCUUUCAUUUGCUCAUUUCUACAUAUGAAUAACACCAAACUAAAUUUCCAGUAACAACAAGUAAUAAUCCAUUAAGCUAAAAGUAAAAUAAAUACUAACAAAACUUUCAUGGUUCCAACUUGCUAAUCAUAAGUGAUCGUAUUUGACUAGAAAUAUCAUUGUCAUGUCUCCAAAAAAAUAAAGCAAAAAAGAUUAAUGGUUGCUUUUUUUUUUUCCAGUUCAGCAUCUCUCUCUCUCCUCAUUUUAAAGAUUCAAAGCAUCCUCCAUAAACUGAUUUAAUAUGUAUUUUCCAACUAUUCCUAAGAAAUCUCUAAACAAGCGAAAAAGAAUUUUAAAUCUUGUCUUGCCUUGUUUAGUUUACGUGUUAGUGUUUUAGUGUGAUUUCUGUUUAUAGUUCAGCUUAACUUACAUGUUAAUAAUCUGUAUGUUUUGUACUGUAAUGUUAGAUAUUUUCAUGAUUAGGGGGGUCUGCAGAUAGAAUUACGAGCAUAAUUAAGGUUUAAUGUCAUUUAAUGUAUGUCUGUGAGAUUAGUAAUUGUUAAAAUAGAUUUCACAUGUUGAUUAGCACACUACUAAUGAGAGAGUAGAACUCGACAAGGUAGCAUCAGAAGAAGAACAAAAAAAGAUAAUCAUUGGAAGUACCUCAUCUAGCAAAAGAAAACAGACUGAGCAAACAACUCCAAUAAAAAAAACUGCAUCUUCUACCAAAAGGGAGGGUAUCGAACCAAUCACUCCAACUAAGAAGAAGUAAAGGUCAGUAAACAAAAGUUGAGUUCUUUCAUUUGCUCAUUUCUACAUAUGAAUAACACCAAACUAAAUUUCCAGUAACAACAAGUAAUAAUCCAUUAAGCUGAAAGUAAAAUAAAUACUAACAAAACAUUCAUGGUUCCAACUUGCUAAUCAUAAGUGAUCGUAUUUGACUAGAAAUAUCAUUGUCAUGUCUCCAAAAAAAUAAAGCAAAAAUGAUUAAUGGUUGCUUUUUUUUUUCCAGUUCAGCAUCUCUCUCUCUCCUCAUUUUAAAGAUUCAAAGCAUCCUCCAUAAACUGAUUUAAUGUGUAUUUUCCAACUAUUCCAAAGAAAUCUCUAAACAAGGAGAAAAAGAAUUUUAAAUCUUGUCUUGCCUUGUUUAGUUUACGUGUUUGUGUUUUAGUGUGAUUUCUGUUUAUAGUUCAGCUUAACUUAGAUGUUAAUAAUCUGUGUGUUUUGUACUGUAAUGUUAGAUAUUUUCAUGAUUAGGGGGGUCUGCAGAUAGAAUUACGAGCAUAAUUAAGGUUUAAUGUCAUUUAAUGUAUGACUGUGAGAUUAGAGUAAUUGUUAAAUAGAUUUCACAUGUUGAUUAGCACACUACUAAUGAGAGAGUAGCUUGGUUUUUGUUUCCUUUAACAUAAGAUCUAAAGAUGUUCUCGGUUUAAAUGGAUGUAUAUGAGCCAUGGUCUGUGUGUCCCAUUUCGAAUUGAGGUGUAUAAAGCAUGUCUUCAUGUCUGUGCAUCUAGAUGUUAGUUCAAAAUGUGGUAUGGCAGUUAUGAAUCAUUUCUUAAAAGAUAAAAACUCUUCUGAUUCCCUAUUUUGACGACUGUGGUCAAGUUAUUUGACUUACUGUUCCUUUUCAUGAUUGCCUAUUUCUAUUACCUAACAUUACACUCUUAUGUAUCUCUAUGCUUAUCUUUUAGAAGGUUUAUUGUGUUUGUUAAUUAUACUUAAAGAACUAAGGAGAUCAGGUGUAAUCACCAAAAAAAAAAAAAAAUGCAUAUGAGAUAUGCAUUCCAGUGUAGGUUCCUCUCUUUUGCAUAUUUUGCAGGUCAUUUGAUGGAUAAGUAGAAAUAGAAUAGAAGCUAUGCUGAAAAUUGUGUCUUCUUGUUCUUACAUUUUACAUCUAUCAAUAGCUAUGUCUGGUGAAAAUAAAGUAUCCACUCUUUUGAUUACAUUUGAUACUAAUUACAUAUCCCUUAUUUCUAUUUGCAAUUCAUUAUGACUAUGGCAAAGUUGUAGAAAGGUCUUUUGGUGGCUUGUACAUACCGAACUUUUGAUGGUCCAGACAGUCAUGGAUCAGCAGUUCAAAUAUACAGGACUAUCCGUGCUUAUAACUUUUAGCCUUACUUUCGCCCACUGUAAAAAUGUGUUUUUGUCAAAUAACACUACUUGGGAGUCCUGUAACUAUAAUCUUAAACUGCUUGUUGAAAAAUGCAAUGUAAAUAUAAUCUACUUUUUGGUUUGAAUUA